AUGGAUGACAAAUUUACUCAAGAGCGUUCCAGAGUUCAAUUUUCUAGAGUUCUUAUGGAUAUGGAUAUAACGAAUAAUCCUCCUAGGAGUAUACAAUUCCUUAAUGAGUACGGACAGAUUGUGGAGCAAGGGGUGGAUUAUGAAUGGCUGCCUAUUAAAUGCAAAGUUUGCUCUAGAUAUGGUCAUUCCAUGAAGGAGUUGGCUAACAUUUCUACUAACGCUAAGGGACCAAAUAACAGUGAAGCUAGUUGGCAAACUCCAAAGAAAGUAGCUACUCUUUCUAAACAAGGACCGACUGAAGUUGUUAGUUCCUUAUCUUCUAAAAUUCCAACUGGCAUAUUGAGCUGGAAUUUGAGAGGAUUGAAUGCUCCUAAUAAGCAUACAGUAGUUAUAGAUAUAUGUAGUAGGAAUAAAAUAGGGGUUGGUGCUUUUUUAGAAACUAAAAUGAAGGGGAAUAAAGUCAUGGAAUUCAUGGGACUUAAACUUCCUAACUGGGAUUUCUAUUCUAGCUCUGUUACUGAAGGCAGAGUUUUGUGGCAAGCUUUCUGCACUACUUUUGUCUAUGGGCUCAAUACAAUGGAGGGAAGGAAGAGUUUAUGGCAAGGGUUACCUAGGCUCAUGCUCCCUGUUAAAUCUUGGAUUAUAUUAGGGGAUUUUCAUGCUAUUUUUACUGGUAAGGAUAGGACUGGUGGAAAACCUGUCUCCAAAAUGGAGUUGGCUGAUUCUUCUCAGUGGCUUGCUGGGAAUCAAGUGGAGUCACUUAAGAGUACUAGAUCUUAUUUUACUUGGAUGAACAAUCAAGAUGGUCCAGCUCGAAUGUACUCUAAGAUAGACCAUGUGUUUACUAAUGAGGAAUGGCUUGAUGUUUUCCCUAGCUCUACAGUUGUGUUUCGGGGGGAAGUUGUUUCUGACCAUUGUUCAUGUGUUAUUUCUACCACGACCAUGGAGAAUGUGGGUAUCAAAUUGUUUCAGUUCUUUAAUUUUUGGACUGAUCAUCAAGAUUUCAAAGAGGUGGUUCUGAAUAGUUGGAGGAAACCAAUCAAAGGGACUGGUUUCAGGGUUGUGUUUAUCUUGAAGACUAAGAGGCUGAAGCACAGAUUGAAGAGGUUUAACAGGGACAAUAAUGGAGAUAUUGGUUUGAAUUAUCAAAAGGCUAAGGAUGUUUAUCAGGAUGGUAAACUUCAAGCUCAAUCCCAUCCUCGAGACUAUGGGUAA